GGUUUUUACACUUCUUACAAGUUUUUUUCCAAACAAAAAAGGGCAAGUUUUAAGGUUGUCUUCAGAGAUAUAUUCGGAAAUGGGGAAAUAUCCCGGCUCUUACAAAAAUGGGUUGAAGAAAGGUCCAUGGACAGCUGAAGAAGAUCAAAUGUUGAUCGAUUAUAUUCAGAAACAUGGCCAUGGCAGAUGGCGUACCCUCCCCAAAAAUGCAGGGUUGAAGAGGUACGGGAAGAGUUGCAGGCUUCGAUGGACUAAUUACUUACGGCCUGAUAUCAAGAGGGGGAAAUUCUCACCCGAAGAAGAUGAAGUUAUAAUACAGUUACACAGCGUUUUAGGAAACAAAUGGUCCGCCAUUGCUUCUCGAUUGCCUGGAAGAACAGAUAACGAGGUAAAAAACUAUUGGAAUACUAACAUCAAGAAGAAGCUAUUGAGAAUGGGGAUCGAUCCCUUUACCCACACUCCUAGUCUCGAUCUUCUCGAACUCUCUUCGCUUCUCAGUUCAUCUCUGUACAAUUCUGCCCUAAAUCCGACCGGUUUCGCCGGCAACAUCGGACCAAUUUUCAACCCUAAUCUCUUCACCUUAGCCACCGCUUUCAUGUCGGGCCAAAACAAGAACAUGGAAGAUAGUAACCCUGAAAAUAUCCAAGUACAAAACCAGUUCGAAUCUUACCAUGAAAACCAGUUCCAUAAUCCUGUUCAGUUCUGCCCUACAUCAUCGUCUUCAAGUACUUGUAUGAACCAGAUUCUGCAAGCUAAUUGGAACCAUUUUCCUGCAAAUAUGUGGCAAUUAGAUGAUAAUGUUAACAAUUAUUCAAAGGGUUUUCUUCCCAUGCAAAACUACGGCUACCACCACGAGUUCAAUCAGUCGAUUAUCUGCUCUUCAGCUGAUCAAAAGCAGACAUGUUUAACCGAAAACAUUCCGAGUCUGAAUCCCUUCGGAUCGAUUUUAUCGACACCGUCUUCGAGCUCGACACCAUUGAAUUCGUCGUCGAACACAUAUGUGAACAACAACGGUACCGGCAGUGCCGCCGAAUAUAUCGAAAGAGGCAGUUACUGCAGCAACAUGUUGAUGUGUGAAGUUCCUAAUGGAUUAAAUGUCAAUGGGUGUCUGUAAUGUUUCUGAAAAAAACACAAAAGUUAGAUUAAAAGUGUUUUUUUAAUUAAUUAGGAUUUGACUAGGGUAUUUGUAUUUUGUAACAUCUAUGUGAAAUCUUUAAAUAUUGUAUUUUGUGUAGAA